CUCAUCCAUCGCAGACAAUCUUUCUUACUUGCGCCUCAGUAACCUCCUCAGCGUGCACUAUGGCAGAUCAAGGCCCAAAGAAAGUCCCCUCAAUCCCUGUAUGGCAGCAAAAGUCCUCUCAAGACCUGCCGCAACCCAGCGCAGACGAUGAACCUUCAUCUGACACAACCUCGACAACCUCUUCGUCUCCAGAACUCUCUGUCCUCGAACAAGCCCGCAAAUUCCUCGAGGAUGAAUCAAUACGAGACGUCUCUCGAGAGCGCAAAGCCGCCCUCCUCGAGAAGAAAGGUCUAAGUUCAGACGAAAUCCACCAACUUCUCGAUUCAGAACACCCGUCCUCCGACGACACACCCUCAGACCUCAAGACUGUCCACGACAGCACACAAACACUCAACAACAAGGCACCUGAAUCCUCAUCUCCCUCGGCCUCACCUUCUUCUACACAGACACCAGAGUCAACCACAUCUCCCAGACGCGACAUCCCCCCUAUAAUCACAUACCCGGAGUUCCUCGUCAAACCCACCAAACCACCACCGCUCGUCACCUUCUCCCGCCUCGUGAACGCCGCCUACGCUUUCGCCGGCCUCGCGACCCUCACAUACGCCGCAUCUAACUACAUAGUCGAGCCCAUGCUCGAAACCUUAACUUCCGCUCGCCAUGACCUCUCCUCAACCGCGCUCUCCGACCUCGACCAGCUCAAUUCAAAACUCGAAUCCGUCGUCUCCCACGUCCCCUACAUAGCCAGCACCCAGCAUCCCAAACCCUCUGACGAAACCCUCUCCGACACGUCCUCCGACUCGGACCCAACAGAGCUUUUCCACCGCGACAUCGCGACGCAAACAUCACCUCACCCCUCACCCUCUCCGUCCGAGUCGUCCCCAUACGGAUUCGCCGCUUCAGACCCGACAGCCCGCCAAUCCACGCGCCUGCGCUCUCUGCACGGCACGCUCUCAUCCCUCCUCACGUCCACGGACACGCACUUCGCCCAGGACAAGCUGAAGGAGAGUGUGACCGACUUCCAGACCGUUCUCGACAAGCUUUCCAAUACCUACAACCCCUUCCAGACAAGUUAUAGCGGGUCAUCAUUCACGAGUUAUACUUCCACUGGCGUUGGUGCCAAUGCCGAAGAUAAAAGCAGGACAAAGAAAUCCUCCACGUCGGAUAAUGAAGCCGCAAGGUUCAGAGCAGAGAUCCGCGCGCUGAAGGGCGCCUUCUUGAGUUCAAGGAAUUUUCCGACGGCGAGGCCCGCGGCGCCUUUUACUUUGCCUGGCAGUGCGAGAUGAGGAUUCCGGGUUGAGUCUGAAAUCGAAUGUGGAAUUGCUGAUUAGCGUAGCGGAGCCUCAGAAUCGUUCUGCACUAUCUGCAAAAAUGAAGCAAAUCAAGUGCUGUUGUUUGGCUCAUGCAGCAUAAUGGUGCUGUAUAUAGGACCACUUCUCGACGAACAACUCGGUUGUCUGCCGUGGAGUCGUUAUCGUACUCCCAACGUGACAAUACCUCAGUUCUCAACGGCGCCUUGUUAAGUAGAGAGGGUAGCCUUCCUCCUACAAGUAGUAUAGGAUAGCAACACUCAAACAUGUCAGCAUCCAGAGUCCAAAACAAAUCACAAAGCACACUUUAUCGUUU